AUGCAAUUGCUAAUACCAGAAUCAAGUAUCGUAUUUGCAUCGUUCUUUAUUUUUGGGCUCUUGAACAAUAUUCUAUAUGUGGUGAUUCUUUCUGCUGCUAUUGAUCUAGUGGGCCUGGCGACACCCAAGGCUACGGUUCUACUUGCGGACAUUAUUCCAUCGUUUGCAAUAAAGGUGAUGGCGCCUUUUUUUGUGGGAUUGAUCUCGUACAGGACACGGAUAUGGAUGUUGGUUGGGUUGUCGUCGUUUGGGAUGUUGGUUAUUAGUUUGACGUCAGACGAUUCGAUCAACGCUAAGAUCAUGGGGAUCUGUAUGGCGUCGUUUUCGUCGGGACUCGGCGAGGUGACGUUUUUACAAUUGACACACUUCUACCAACGGGAGUAUUCGAUUGCAGGGUUUUCCAGCGGGACUGGGGGCGCUGGGUUGCUCGGAAGCUUUGUAUUCAUGUUGUUGACUAACAUGCUUGGGAUGAAGGUAUGGGUGGUACUUUUUUUGUUUGCAGUUCUACCACUUGGAUUUCUAAUGGCAUUCUACGUGAUGUUGCCUAAGGCAGGGGGAGGAGACGAGCCAGCAUAUGAGACGCUUGAUAACAUUGAGGAGGGCGAUGGUCCAUCCAUUAACGCCAGCUUCUCGCCAUCACAAUCUGAGCUGUUGAAAGGCCAUGUGUUCUCUACUAUACAGAAUAUCAUUCCUUUGGUAAAGCCAUAUAUGCUCCCUUUGUGCUUGGUGUAUGUAUCAGAAUAUGUCAUAAACCAAGGUAUAUCUCCAACCUUAUUGUUCCCACUUGAUGAAUUACCUCAUUGGCUAUUUUCAUCAUACAGAGAUAUAUAUGUUGUCUACGGCUUCUUGUAUCAAUUGGGAGUCUUUGUGUCCAGAUCGUCCAUCAGUUUUGGGAUCAGAAUCAAGAGAUUGUACUUGUUAUCGGCUCUACAAUUCGCAAACGUCCUCAUCACCCUAUACCAGUCCAUGAACGAUAAGCCCUUCUCAUCCAUAUGGUUGUUAUUGGUAUUGGUGUUCUACGAAGGUCUACUUGGUGGCUUUCUGUACGUCAAUACGUUUAUGUCUGUCAGCGAGGAAGUUUCAAAAACUAAGAGAGAAUUUAGCAUGGGAUGCGUAGGAAUUAGUGACACUUUUGGUAUAUUACUUGCUGGGUGUAUUAAUUGGUUGUUAGAACCCCACUUAUGUAGCCUACAGGUAAAUAGAGGUAGAGACUGGUGUUUGACUGGAGGAGGUGCUUAG